CUCUUUCCCCCUCCUCCACUUCACUUCACCCCUCUCCCUCUCCCUCUCCGCCUUGACUUCCUUCGCCACUGUCCUCUUCAUCCUCCUCCUCCUCCUCCUCAUCAUCAAUCCGCUCUUUGAAGGAAUCAGGAACAAGCUACACGCAACAAGCCGCCAACAAGCAGGCUCGCCGUGACCUCAGCUCCCUCCUCUGCUCCGCCUCGCCGUACGCCGUUGCCGGGUGGCCGGGUAGGGGGGAUACUGACAGGAUCAUGGCCGGGCGCCGGCGCCGCACCGACCACCAGCUCCUGCUGCCGGCCGGCAGUAGCACUAGCACCGCCUGCCUGUGGGCUCUGUCAUGCGUGCUGCUGCUGCUGCUCCGCGCGUCCGCCCACAGCGACGGCGGCCUGCUCAGGGUCGGCCUCAGCAAGCGUGGCCUCGACCAGCACGCGCUGCAGGCGGCUAAGGUCGCCAGGCAGGAGGACAGCCUCCAACACGGCCGCCUGAGGGCCUCCAGCACCGGCGACGACGUACCGCUCGUCGACUACCUCAACACCCAGUACUACGGGGUCGUCGGCCUCGGCACGCCGCCGCAGAACUUCACCGUCAUCUUCGACACCGGCAGCUCCAACCUCUGGGUCCCCUCCUCCAAAUGCUACUUCUCGAUAGCGUGCUACCUCCACCCCAGAUACAAGUCCGCCAAGUCUAGCACUUACAAGAAGGAUGGAGAGACUUGCAAAAUCACCUAUGGCUCUGGUUCAAUUGCUGGAUUCUUCAGCUACGACGACGUGCUGGUUGGAGACCUUACUGUCAAAAGCCAGAAGUUCAUCGAGACGACGCGUGAAUCCAGCAUCACGUUUAUAAUUGGCAAGUUUGAUGGCAUUCUUGGUCUUGGAUACCCUGACAUCUCCGUCGGUAAAGCUCCUCCGAUCUGGCAGAGCAUGCAAGAGCAGAACCUGCUUGCGGAAGAUGUUUUCUCCUUCUGGCUUAACCGGAACGCUGAUGCGGAAUCUGGUGGCGAGCUUGUGUUUGGUGGUGUCGACCCUGAUCACUUCAAGGGAAGCCACACCUAUGUUCCUGUUUCCACCAAGGGUUACUGGCAGUUCAACAUGGGUGAUCUUCUCAUUGAUGGCCAGUCCACUGGUUUCUGCGCCAAGGGCUGUGCCGCUAUUGUCGACUCUGGGACUUCUUUGCUGGGCGGUCCAACGACUAUAAUUGCCCAAGUGAACGAAGCAAUUGGGGCUGCUGGAAUUAUCAGCCAAGAAUGCAAAGAAGUUGUGAGCCAGUAUGGAGAGAUGAUCCUCGAACUGCUCAUAGCACAGACAGAUCCAGAGAGAGUGUGCAGCCAGGUUGGUCUGUGUCUGUUUGAUGGCGCUCAAUCUGUCAGCAAGGGAAUUGAAUCUGUUGUUGGCAAAGAAAACCUGGGCUCAGAUGUUAUGUGCUCAGCCUGUGAGAUGGCUGUUGUGUGGAUAGAGAAUCAGCUCCGUGAGAACAAAACGAAGGAGCUGAUAUUGCAAUAUGCUAACCAGCUAUGUGAGCGUCUACCAAGCCCCAGCGGAGAAUCAACUGUCAGCUGCGAGGAUAUCUCAACGAUGCCCAAUCUUGCAUUCACCAUUGCAAACAAAACCUUCACCCUAACACCAGAGCAGUACAUCGUGAAGCUGGAGCAAGGAGGCCAAACUGUCUGCAUCAGUGGCUUCAUGGCAUAUGACGUCCCACCACCGCGUGGUCCUCUCUGGAUUCUUGGGGAUGUCUUCAUGGGAGCUUACCACACGGUGUUCGACUUCGGCAACGACAGGAUUGGCUUCGCGGAAUCUGCAUGAGGAGUGUGGCUCUUCAUGAAAAUAUCCUAUAUAUAUCAGGGAUGUGUAGUUUCUCUAUCCCCUACGUGCAGACAGCACGCCGCAAAUAAAUGGAUGGCCAAAAAUGCUGAAACUGAAAACGUGAACAGAGCUUUCUUUCUGGAGAAAAGCAAGUGGAUGCUCGAAGACAUGUAUGCUUGAAGUUGAAGAGCAAAUGUUUGGACAGGGCUUUCUUGAAAACUGUUUGUUCAUGGUAGUACAAUUUAUCACAUGUAAAAUAAUUUAUGGAUUGCCUUUGAACUGAUGAGCAUGUAUAAAUGCAAUCUUGUUUCAGUAGGAUAGCUCUUGCCUUCUUGGA